GCUUGCACUCCCUUGAUCAAGUCCUUGACAUAUACCCAUUAGAACCUGAAACCGAAUUGACGCCGCUAGCAAGACUCCUCGCGGUGUCCUUGAUACAGAAGUCUUGUCCCACAUUUACACGUGGGUGUGGACGCAAGACACUUGGUUUCAUAGACGAGUCCGCUUCGGAUGCGAACAUUUAGUUUCGCCUGGACCAUCCACAGCCUCUUGGUAUAAUAGACCGCGGACCAGCCAAGUUUGUCAUCUCCUCUGACAUACUCAUCCUUGACUUUGCAAAGUUCUCGUCAUGUACAACGAAACUAAACCGUUGUUAUCUAUUACAUCCGCGCACCUGCUUUCUGGACUCUUUGCCUUUAUCUACGUUGGAUCCAUCUAUACAUCCAAGAAUGCUCGUCUCCGCUUUUCUAAUAGGAAGGUUAACCUUCCAGAAGGACAGGCUAGGCUCAAAUUGCAAAAUGAGCGAUGGAGAGAUGAUCCGGAUGUUAUCAAGGCGCGACUACUUGCCGUUACCAGCGCCACUUUGAUCUGCUGUCUCAUCGUAUUCAUCGUGAUGAAAAAUUUCAACCGCGAUGAUGAAAUUCACAACCUUACCGCAAAUGCGUGGCUUUACCUUGGGUUCACAUGGUCGAACGCACUUCCGCUCCUGAUAACACCGUUGUUAUUUUCUGGGCCACUCUACGUCCAAUUCCUCGCAAAGAAACUACCAUUCCAAAAGGACUGGGAUUUUGAAGAAGAUGUUGUGUUUCGGUUUCUCUCAAUUGUCGGUCUUCGAAAUUAUUUUGUUGCUCCGAUCACCGAAGAAAUCGUGUUUCGCGGUUGUGUUCUCACUGUCUAUCACUUGGCAGACGCCUCCAGGAUGAAAAUGAUUUUUCUCAGUCCUUUGGUCUUUGGCGCAGCACACAUCCAUCACGCUUUUGAAACAUAUCACAGAUAUGGCCGUACGGCCACUGCGGCAAAACGUGCAAUUAUAUCUACCAUUAUCCAAUUCGCGUACACCAGCAUAUUCGGAUUUUACUGCUGCUAUUUGUUUCUUCGCUCCGGAUCAUUGCUUCCACCCAUUGCGGCUCAUAUGUUCUGCAACAUUAUGGGUGUACCUCAACCAAACUAUGAAAUAAGUUUGAUGCCUAAUCGAAAGCUAUUCAUUUCAACCGCGUAUCUUUUCGGCAUUCUCGGCUUCGUGGGCAUGCUCAAGCCUUGGUCAUACACGAAUAGCAGCUUAUAUUGGCAGCAAACCUAGUUUCCUCGAGCCUCCGGCCUUUGCGCGAACCUUAAACUCCCUACACCUCACUGGAUUGGACAUAUUUUCUGCGGCUCUUGGUCGGAUUCUACUGUAUCUAUAUUAUUAAUCACCACCAGCCGUUUAUUCCGUAUACCAUGACGCUCUUCAAAUGUGAGGAAGAUUAAGCGAUCAAAACCCCAUCGACGAAAGACGGGUCGCGCAAGGACUUGAAGUUGUUGUAUUACUGACUUGCUACCCGGGCUCCUGUCUCCCAUAGGCAGACUUGAUACAAGGAAGGUUGUCCCUUUUCCGGGUUACGUUGCAGCUACAAAUGCUACAAGGUCCGAUACGGAGGCUAGGGCAUGUGAUACAUA